UGGACAGAAGUUGGGUUUGAAUUCCGGUGGUGAUAUUAACAAGCCGUCUUGCCUGGAGCAAGCUGCUUCCUUGCUGUGAGGAUUUCAAGGCACACGGUAGAGACCUGAGAGGCAAUAUGUCUACUGUAGAUUAUGCGCCCGCUAAAAGGUAGCUGUUAUUAUCGUGGCCACCACUGUCAUGGUUAAUAGUAUCACUCUCACGCCAGAGACAAGCCCAGCCAGUGACUGGGAUGAUGACAGCCGCUCACCGUAACACACCAGACUCCAUUCUAAGCCUUUGACGUGAUGAAUGCUUUCAUCUACACAACAGCCUUCUGAGAUUGGUCCUGCAAUCAUCCCUGUUUUACCAAUGAGAACGCAGACACCCAGAGGAUUUAAGGCACUUGCCCCCAAUCAGAGUUGGAAAGUGACAGGGCCGGCACUGAACCCAGGCCCCAGCUUCAGAGCCCAAGCUUUCCAUCACUGCCUCACGCUUCCUGCCCGUACAAGGCAAACUGGACCAGUGCCAAUCUAGGAGAGCAGAUAAAAUUCAAGUGGCGAAUCAGGGAGAAGAUGAAGUCUGCCUGUCUGCAGCCUGUCUGAGGCCCAGGAGCAAGGCACGUAGGCAGUCGUGGAACUUGCUCCUCAUUUUGCAUACUGGCCCGGUGCUGCUAACGGAGCUAAAGGCAUCUUUUGUGCUGUUGCUCAACAGUGAGUGACGUCAUGGGCACUGCCAGGUUUUUAUCAGUUCUGCCAGAUAAUAGCUAACCAUACUCAUUCUGGAGAAGCCGGCAAGGUGCCGGGAGGCAGAGCACUUGGGUUCUCAGACCAGCAGGUGAGCAUGGGGUCCUGAGGGGCUGUGGAGGGUGUCUCUGCUUGCUUUACGGUGGAGGGACAGGAGAUGGGGUACGAGCAGGAAGAGAGGCAAGUGGACCCCUGGUGAGGGAAGCACCAGGGGCAUGAGGGAGGGGGGCUGUGAGGAUGCUCCCUGCAGCAGGUGGGGAAGAGGAUGGUGCAAGAUCCCCACCCGGACCGCCAUCUCUGUCUCUUUCUCACCAGUGGCCACGGCCAUGGGCACAAGCUUCUUCCCCGGCCAUUACUGGCUCUACUUCUCUGUGUACCUCUUGACGUUCCUCAUGGGGCUGCCCCUCAACCUGGGGGCCCUGGUGAUCUUCGUGGGCAAGCUGCGCCGCCGCCCGGUGGCCGUGGAUGUGCUCCUGCUGAACCUGACCCUGUCGGACCUGCUCCUGUUGCUGUUCCUGCCCUUCCGCAUGGCGGAGGCGGCCAGUGGCAUGCACUGGCCCUUGCCCUUCAUCUUCUGCCCCGUCUCCGGAUUCCUCUUCUUCACCACCGUCUAUCUCACGUCCCUCUUCCUGACAGCUGUGAGCAUUGAGCGCUUCCUAAGUGUGGCCUACCCACUCUGGUACAAGACCCGGCCGAGGCCGGGACAGGCUGGCCUGGUCAGCGUGGUCUGCUGGCUCCUGGCCGCCGCUCACUGCAGCGUGGUCUACAUCAUCGAGUUCUCGGGGGACUCCUCCAACAGCCAGGAUGCCAACGGGACCUGCUACCUGGAGUUUCGGGAGGAUCAGCUGGCUCUUCUCCUGCCUGUCCGGCUGGAGAUGGCUGUGGUCCUUUUCGGGGUGCCCCUGCUCAUCACCAGCUACUGCUACAGCCGCCUGGUGUGCAUACUCAGCAGGGGAGCCAGCUACCACCGGCGGAAGAGGGUGGCAGGGCUUGUGGCAGCCACGCUGCUCAACUUCCUCGUCUGCUUUGGGCCCUACAACGUGUCCCACGUCGUGGGCUACAUCCAGGGCAAGAGCCCCGAGUGGAGACCUUAUGUGUUGCUCCUCAGCACCCUGAAUUCCUGCGUCGACCCCCUCAUCUACUACUUCUCAUCCUCGGGGUUCCAAGCUGACUGCCAGGGGCUGCUGGGGAGGCUGACGGGGGCCUGGGGCUUUUGGCGGCAGGAAGGCAGCGGGAAACUGAAGAAGAGUGAAGUGGAGGGGCCGCCGCAGGAGCUGUCCAAUAUAGACACCAGGUAGCGGCCUCGAGGAGGGGUUGGAGCGGGGGCCAGGUGCUCCAGGCCGCAAGGUGGCUCUUCCCAGGAGCGGUUCCUGGCUCAAGUCGGGCAGGGCCUUGGCCACGCAGGCUGGGGACUGGCUGGGUCCGGGGCAGAGCGGGCGCCCAGCCUCCCUCGGGCCAUGGGCAGCAGAGCCCAGCUCUUGAACUCCCUUCCCUGCCCUCCCUUCUUGUCCCUGACAUGCUCUGGAGGCAGCCACGGUGAGAGCGUGCGCUGGAGAAAAACGAGCUCCCCAGGGCAGCAGGCCCAGCUUUUCUGAGGGUCAGGGAGGAGUUGAGAGCAGUAUGCAGGGUCCGAGGAAGCCCCCCAGGGACUUGGGACAGGAGAGAGGCAGCAUCUGUCCUUCAGACCUACUGACCCAGAAGGUCAAGAGUGGGCACACAGGACUCCAGGCCCAAAGGAGCAUGCUGCUGGUCCCACGGACUUUUCCAGAAAGUUUCCAUUAUGAAUAAUAAUUCAUACCCCAAUUCAGAUAUCCCAACUCAGAUUUUCAGAGAUAUUUAUGAAAAAUGACAAAAGAAAAAUUACUUAAAUAAAUUUGGCAGCAAGCAAAAGAGAAUGGUUUUUUCCUUAAUUGAUUUUUUUUUUUCUUACAGUGUAUGUGGGUAUAUCUUAGGUGGAAUUGGAAGGAAAAAACACCUAGACUCUGAAGGAAAGAGGUUAAACAAUACGAUGCCUAGAUGCUGGGAGAGAAUCUGGGUUAGAGGAAUAAAAAUAACAUCUAACCUAUCUUAAGGCCUCGGCUGGACCUUGUCCUCUUCCAUUUUCUCAGCUGUGGCCAGUACUAUUACUUGGCCCGUUUUACAGCUGAGGGAAUGGGCCUGGAGGGGUGAGGUCUCUCACCUGAGAUCCUGAAGCCCAUACGUAGUUGAAGCAGGGCUGGGAGCUGAAAUUAGCUGCCUCUGAAACCCAUGUCCCCAAUCCACUCUGCCCCCACUGUGUGUCAUCAGCUGUCCCCAGGCCUAGGCAGACUUCCAGAGUCAGCCGCAGCGGUCUGACCCAGACAAAUGUAAAUAGGCCGCAAGGACAAACAGAACCAGAUGCAAAACAGAUUGACUAUCUGGGUAUACACAUCCCCUUCCCA